AUGGGCCUACCCAAUUUUCUCCUCAUCCUCAUCAUUCUCCCCACUAUGCUUUCAGCCUCACCUGAUCACCAACCCAUGCUUUUGAAACUCUGCAAUGACAUUGAAAACAAGGAGUCAUGUCUCACCAAUAUCCAACAAGAGCUCAUGAACACUCAAUUAAAAGAUCCUGAUGAGCAUCAGAGAAGGAACUCAAUCCUAAGUGCAGCCCUCAAAAACUCCCUCAACGAGGCGCGAGCCGCCAUCGAAAUGAUCACAAGGUUCAACUCCUUGUCCAUAAACUACAGAGAACAAGUGGCCAUAGAAGACUGCAAGGAGCUCCUGGACUUCUCGGUCUCCGAGCUGGCCUGGUCCCUCGGCGAGAUGAGGAUAAUCCGGUCGGGCUCCAACGACGCACACCACGAGGGAAAUCUCAAGGCCUGGCUGAGUGCUGCGUUCAGCAACCAAGACACAUGCCUUGAGGGCUUUGAAGGAACUGAUAGACGCGUUGAGAGGUUCAUUAGUGGAAGCCUAAAACAAAACCUAUCAUCAUCCCCAAGCGAUAUGGGACGACACAACUUACCCUUUCUUGACCUUGUGCCUCAAGGGAUUGAUGAUUCCGUAUCCGGGAAGGGAUUCAUAGCAAGAGACAUGACAUUCCGCAACACUGCUGGGCCAGAGAACCACCAAGCUGUGGCUCUUAGAGUGGACUCGGACCAAUCCGCCUUCUUCCGCUGCAGCAUGGAAGGCCACCAGGACAAGCUCUACGCCCACUCCCUCCGCCAAUUCUACCGCGAAUGCGACAUCUAUGGCACCAUCGACUUCAUCUUCGGCAACGGCGCAGCCGUCUUGCAAAAUUGCAAGAUCUACACCCGCGUCCCGCUUCCCCUUCAGAAGGUCACCAUCGCCGCGCAGGGACGCAAAAACCCGCACCAGAGCACCGGUUCCCCCAGCCAAUAUAGCUACGUCCUCGCCACGCAGCCGACCUACCUUGGCAGGCCUUGGAAGCAGUAUUCAAGGACGGUUUACAUGAACACUUACAUGAGCGGUUUGGUGCAGCCUAGAGGGUGGCUUGAGUGGUAUGGUGACUUUGCCUUGGGAACGCUGUGGUAUGGUGAGUAUAGGAAUUAUGGGCCGGGUGCCCACCUCUCGGGCCGGGUCAAAUGGCCUGGUUUCCAUGUCAUUCGGGAUGCCGCCACCGCCAAUUUCUUCACUGUCGGCCGGUUCAUUGACGGGAUGUCUUGGUUGCCGUCUACAGGUAUCAAGUUUAUAAGGGGGCUGACUAAUUAAAACCAAUAUUCAUUAUUGUUCUUGAUGAUUAGUGUUUUAUUUGUCAAUUAUUAAGUAUAGAAAGAUGAGGGGGUGGUGUAGAGGUGUAUUAUUUUUAUUAUUAUUACUUUUGUGUUUGUGAUCAAUAAUAAUAAGCACGUCAUAUUAGAACAUAUGUAUGAUUUGAAAGUGCAAUAUUGCAUUAUUCAUAAAUAGUUUUCCCCUUACGCACAGGAAAAU